CCAAGCCAAAAAGCAUCCCUGGAGUUGUGAGUCUGUGGGUCUGCACUCAUGCUGCACAGUCUGGGGCAGAGCCAGUCAGGUGGAAGCAGCCACACUGGGGGACAAGGAGCACACUGCCAGUUCUGGGGAAGCUCCAUCGCUCCCUGAAUGAAGCGAUCCAGGCGCUGGCUCUCCCUGGUGAGGUGACCACCGGGGUCUAGGCUGGAGCCGGGAGGUGAAGAACGAGGACAUCCAGAAGAGCCCAGGCUUUCGAAAUCAAUUUUGGCAGUCGGAAAGAAAUUCUCUUUUCCCUUCCCUUCUUCGCGGCUCUUUUGUUUUCCGCAGCCCGACAGAGGAGGCUUGCAGUAAGCGGCAGGGGUGGGGGCAGAGCCCACCCGCACAAAGGCAGCUCCCCACGGGCUGUGUGACCGCUGUCACGCUUUUUCGCUCAAAUCAACGCCAGGGGAGGAUGACGUGAGGCUGGUGCUCCCCGGCCCCGGGGCUGAUUGGUCCCAGCUCAGGUUUGAACGCCAAGGUGUCCUGGCAACGAGAAGCAGAGGAGCCAGACUUUCCCGUCCCCACUCGGCUCCGGGAGCUCGGCGGGUGCUGGAGAAAGGCAGGCAUCGACGGCGAGGAGCAGAGCGGAGGGCCCCUGGCCCUCCUCCAGGCAGCCUGUCCUGCAAUGACCCAGUGCACCUGAGGCCCAGCAGUCGUGGGGAUGGAGCUGAAGGUCUGGGUGGAUGGGAUCCAGAGGGUUGUGUGCGGUGUCUCAGAACAAACUACCUGCCAAGAAGUGGUCAUUGCUCUGGCACGGGCCAUCGGUCAGACAGGCCGCUAUGUGCUGGUGCAGAAGCUGCGGGAGAAGGAGCGGCAGCUGCUGCCGCUGGAGUGCCCCCUGGAGUCCCUGGCCAAGUGUGGGCAGUAUGCCAACGAUGUGCAGUUCAUCCUGCGGCGGACAGGCCCCAGCAUGACCGAGCGGCCCUCCUCAGAGGGCGCUCCGCAAGCUCCCGAGAGGACGUUCAUCCGGGCCAGUUUGCCCAUCAAGCCCAGGCUCACCAGCAUGGAUGCACCCCGUUCUCGGGAGCCAAAAAAGUCCAUGACCUUCAACUUGGGUCCUACAGGCUCCGGUGACCCGUUCACUGUGAGCCGAUGGAGGCACCAAACACGGGAAGGGAUCGACUUGGAGGGUGGUGGGAUUGUCCAACCCUCCAAAGAGGAGCUGUUUAGGAGGGUGCUGCAGCAGCAGGAGCAGCUGCAUUCCUUGGAGGCCCAUGGGGAUACCCUGGAAAUGGACCUACGGCUCUGGGAGCGCAGCCGGCUUGCCGGCCAGGAGAAUGAGAUCCUCUAUCUGGAGCAACUGGUACGAAGGAAUGAGACAGAGCUGGGCGAGGAGGAAUUUUGGCAGAGCGAGCUCCGGCUGGAAAAGGAGUGUGAGCGAGAGAGGCAGGAGCGGGUUAGAAGCCUGCGGGCCAGCCUGGAGGAGUACACCCAGAGGAUCUUUGAGCUGAGUGCCCGGACUGAAGCCCUGCAGGAGGAGAUCCAGUGGGAGAUGGCUGAGAGGGCCAAAAGGGGGAAGGAGAUCUCUUUGCCCAGCCCCAUAGAGCUGGAGGAUAUGGCCACCAAAAUGAAAAGGGACCUGGAGGCCAAGGUCAAGCAAGGCACUCAGCUGGAGAGCAACCUGGCCAGUGUGGAGAAGGCCCUGGAGGAAGCUGAAAAGAACCUGCAGGCCCAGACCCAAGAGCUGGAGGAGUUAAAUAAGGAGCUGAGGCAGUGUAAUUUGCAGCAGUUUAUUCAGCAGACGGGGGCCACGGUGACUGUCCUGCAGGCCAGGUCUGAGGAGGAUGCCCAGCCGGAGCCGAGCCCGUGCGAGCUGCCAGCCUACCGGAGAAACGGAGGUUUUCCUCCCACCGCUGGUACCGACUCGCCUCCCCGAGUCAGCACCAAGCAGCUCCUCAGCCAUCCCAGGACCCUGCCGGAGCCCCUGGUGUCCAGCCUGAAUCCUGAGGUUGUAUCAACCAGGCAGAGCAUCUGGAGGUAGAAGGGCCCGGGCAGUGGAGGAUCAAUUGCCUUGCAAGUGUAACUGUAUAAAUAAACCAUAUUAUAUAUAUA